AUGCGAUUUUUGAUUCUUCUCUCCUUUUUGGUCUUGUUCUCAUUCGAGGAAGUGCUUUGGGACUGUUCGUCUGAUAUUAGAUGCGUUCUUGGCGGAUGGUGCGAAGAUAAAAACUUAGAAUGCGUGCAGCCCCCAGGAUUCCUUGAGCCGAGCUGCUGCACACAAAACCCCAAAUGUUUAGCUGGAUGGGAAUCUAAAAUAGAAAUUGAUGGUGACACUAUCACAUGCACACUUCCGAACACUUCAAUCGAGGACUGUUGUUCUUAUAACUUUAAUACAGAAUCGACGGAAGACCAACCACAACGCGAAUCGAACAUUGCCUGCGGACCCAAAAUGUUCUGCGACUACCUGAUUAACAACGAAACGAGAGCAAUUUCUAAUAGAACUGGAUGUUUCAACAUCACGAAAAGAGCGGACACUGCGACGAAACUUCUUUUUGAUAUUGGAAUUCGGAUGUGCAAAUCGGACGACGAAUGUGGCGAAUUCGACUGCUUGGAUGCCACUAACGAAACUUAUGGAUUCUGCGGAACACGAGAAUUCUGCCAGAUCAACGUUGAAGCCCCUGCCAAGAAGCCGCUCGUCCCAUGUUCCGAAGAUAUGGAUUGUGUCCAUCUGAUGGAUGGAAUGGUCGGAUCCGCUGGACUGAUUCCCAAUGCCUAUUGUAAUAAAACAGGAGAUUUCUGUUGUUCCGGAUUGCUGGACGUCUGCUUUGGCGGCACUCUCGUCCGGCCAUUGCGUAAAUGCCAAGCAGGAACAAUGGCCGGAUUUGAGACCUGCAAUCCGGACAUGGGAAAUGGGGAUCUCCUGGGAUUCUGCACAGACAUCGGAGUCUGCUGUGAAGGCCCUUAUGAAGAGCCUGUGGUUUGCCCCGACGGCAUCCACCCGCUCUUCAUAGAGCCGGCAUGCCGCCGGGGACAAAGCGGAUACCUGGAGUGCCCGGAGAACAUCGACAAUUGCACUUGUGUAAUGGGGUGGCCGUGCCCGUCAAUUGCCGCCAACUCAUUGUUGGUCAAUUUUGGCCGCCCGUUUGUAGGCCAGAUUUCGUGCGAUCCGUCGCGCCCGAUCUGCAAACGGGCGGUCAACGGGUACUGUCACCCCGUGACCCACACGAUAGCGCUUUAUGGAAGGUUCUUCCCGGAUUUCUUCGGGUUCGUCGAAACCAGGAAAUGCAAAAUCAACAGCGACUGCGAUGUAAUGGAAGUGUGCGUCUAUUAUCUCGAAGAAGGUCAAUGCGCAGCUUUCCCCAAUCCGAAUUUCCUGGCUUUUCUAUACGCUGCCCCGUUAUUCAUCAUCAUGGUUAUUGGAUUCUUUUUCAUUCCCAAUAUUGUUUCCAAUGCAAUCACUACCGAAAUAGAAGAAUUGCUGAAGGAACUCAAAGAUAUUGGUCAAGAUGCAAUUUCGGGCGCUUCGAACGAUAAAGACGAGUUUCUCAAAGCGCUGGCCAAUGGGAAAGUGACCAUCGCCGAUUAUGUCUCCCGCGAAGAAGCCAUGAUCAUCAUUCCAACACUUGUGAUGACAGCCCUGUUUUUGCUCGGUAUCGUUUAUUAUUUGACCCGUCCUUUCACGUAA